AUGAAAUCAAUUAAUAAAAUAAUAAUUUUAUCAGUUUUACUAUUUUGUACAUUUGUUUGUGGGUAUAAUGAUGAAGACCCCCUUGAAACUUGUAUCUUUCCAGUAGGUGGCAAUUCAUACAUUGAUUUAACUUUAUUAAAAGAAAAUGCAAAUGGAUAUUCAUACUCAGUAAAUGACUUUGAAUAUUACUUUUCAUUUUGUGAAGAUUCAUUGUUUUGCAAUAAGGAAAUGGGUCGCUCUGGAGUUGAAGCCUGUCAAGUAGGAAAACAUGAUGCUUUUUCCUAUGAAUUGGGUAGCACAAUGACAGGUGAAUAUUCAAUUAAUAAGGAAAAGGGUGGCAUGAUAUUAAGUUAUAAUUCAACCAAUAAAGAAACUUGCCAAGAUGGUUACUAUCGUAGUAAUACCUUUUUCUUACAAUGUACUCAAAAUCAAACAUUUUUAGUAACUUCUUUAACUGAAAACCCACCUUGUCAUUAUAAUUUUGUUAUUGAAACUUCUGCUGCUUGCCAAAUUACGCCAACUCCAUCGCCAACUCAAUCACCAACUCCAUCACCAACUCAAUCACCAACCCAAUCACCAACCCAAUCACCAACUCCAUCACCAACUCCAUCACCAACUCCAUCACCAACCCAAUCACCAACCCAAUCACCAACCCAAUCACCAACACCAUCUCCAACUCAAUCACCAACUCAAUCUCCAACUCCAUCACCAACUCCAUCACCAACUCCAUCCCCAACUCCAUCCCCAACCCCAUCCCCAACUCAAUCCCCAACUCAGUCACCAACCCAAUCUCCAACUCCAUCACCAACUCAAUCUCCAACUCCAUCUCCAACUCAAUCCCCAACUCAGUCACCAACCCAAUCACCAACUCCAUCACCAACUCCAUCACCAACCCAUUCGCCAACUCAAUCUCCAACUCAUUCACCAACUCAAUCUCCAACUCAUUCACCAACUCAAUCACCAACCCAUUCACCAACUCAAUCACCAACCCAUUCGCCAACUCAAUCUCCAACCCAAUCUCCAACUCAAUCUCCAACACCAACACCACCAACACCAUUACCAAUACCAAAAUCUUGCAUUUUCGAAUCUGGAAAAAAUUCUUUAGAUUUAACUGGUUUAAUAUCAAAUGACUAUUAUGGUCAUAUUUAUUAUGAUAAUUCAACAGAUUCAGAAUACUUUUUCAAUUUCUGUGAAACUGUAAAGUAUUGCUCAGAUAUCGUUAAUUCAGAUCUUCAAUCUUGCCAAAAAAAAGGUGCUUAUGAAUUUGAACUUUCAUUUGUGGACUCUGGUAAAUAUAUUUCAACAAGAAAGGGAUUGGAAUUAUAUUAUAAUUCUGAUCAAUAUUUAUGGUGUAAUGGAAAUUCUCAAAAAUCUACAGUUUAUAUUAUUAACUGUAACCAAAAUUACACAUUUGAAAUUGUUGAUUUCGUUAAUAGUGAUAACUGCACUUACACCUUCACCAUUGAAAGUAGUUAUGUUUGUGCUAAUUCUAAUCCAACACCAUCUCCAUCUCCGACUAUAUCCCCAACACCAACUCCAUCACCAAUGGAAUCAUGUAUUUUCCCAUUUGGACCUACUUCAAAUAGCGCUUUAAACCUUUCACCUCUUAAAAAUAACACUGAUGGUUAUAUGUAUUACAAUCAACAAUUGAAUAUUCAAUUUUAUUUUGGAAUUUGUGAAUCAAGUACAUUUUGUGAACAAUUAACUGGUCAAACUGAUGUUGAAUCUUGUGGAGCUACUGGUGCAUCAGGUUUUACAGAUAGUUAUGUGUUUGGAUCAUUAAACUCAUCAACAUAUUCAUUCAAUCCUGAAGGAAUUACACUUUAUUAUAAUUAUACUGGUUCUAAUUCCCUAUGUUCACAAUCCAAUUAUUCAUCUGUUUCAAUUCAAUUUAUAUGCAGUUCAACUUCUGACUUUAAUAUAAUUAAUGUUUCUAAUGUUGGUGAUUGUCAAUAUUCAUUUAUCAUUCAAACAUUUUAUGCAUGUGUAAGACAAUUAUCAAAAAUUUUAAUUAAUUGA